ACGAUGACUAUCUCUACUAUUUUCCUUUUGACUCUCUUUUCUGUGAUUUAUGGCAGUGGUGCCACGCAUCACCUUUUCAUAAAUCUUCAGACUCUUUCUUCUGAUUAUUCCUCCAAUCAACCUUACAGAACUGCCUAUCACUUCCAACCCCCCAAGAAUUGGAUAAAUGAUCCCAAUGGGCCAUUGAGAUAUGGAGGACUUUAUCACCUGUUCUACCAAUACAACCCUAAAGGUGCAGUUUGGGGAAACAUCGUGUGGGCCCAUUCAGUGUCAAAGGAUCUGGUGAACUGGGCCCCACUGGAUCCUGCCAUCUUUCCAUCUCAACCGUCCGAUAUCAAUGGUUGUUGGUCAGGAUCAGCCACACUGCUUCAUGGGAACAAACCCGUCAUUUUGUACACUGGAAUUGACCCAAUGAACCACCAGGUCCAAAACCUGGCCCAGCCCAAAAACUUGUCUGAUCCAUUUCUCAGGGAAUGGGUCAAGACCCCAAAAAAUCCUCUAAUGGCACCCACUAGUGCCAACAAGAUCAAUUCAAGUUCAUUUAGGGACCCCACCACUGCUUGGCUAGGAAAAGAUGGACAUUGGAGAGUGCUUGUUGGGAGCAAGAGAAGGACUAGGGGAAUGGCACUUUUGUAUAUAAGCAAAGAUUUCUUUAAUUGGGUUCAAGCCAAACACCCCUUGCAUUCAACCCUAGGAAGUGGAAUGUGGGAGUGCCCUGAUUUUUUUCCUGUUUUGAAUAGUGGCCAAUUGGGUGUUGACACGUCAGUGAAUGGUGAUUAUGUAAGCCACGUGCUUAAGGUCAGUUUGGAUGACAAGAAACAUGAUUACUACAUGAUUGGGAGUUACAAUGCUGCCAAGGAUGUGUUUGUCCCGGAUGAGGGGUUGAAUAGUGAAUUUGUUUUGAGAUAUGAUUAUGGGAAAUACUAUGCCUCAAAAACUUUCUUUGAUGAUGGGAAGAAGAGAAGGGUUUUGCUUGGGUGGGUCAACGAAUCCUCUAGUGUUGCUGAUGAUAUCAAGAAAGGAUGGUCUGGAAUUCACGCAAUUCCAAGGGCUAUCUGGCUGCAUAAAUCUGGUAAACAGUUGGUGCAGUGGCCAGUGGUGGAAAUUGAAAAGCUGCGUGCAAAUCCAGUCAACUUGGCACCCAAACUGAUAAAAGGAGGCCAAUUGGUUCAAAUUAACGGUGUCACAGCAACACAGGCUGACGUUGAAAUUUCAUUUCAAGUGAGCAAGUUGGGAAAGGCUGAAGUCUUGGGCUAUUUGACGGACCCCCAAAUUCUGUGUAGCAAAAAGGGUUCAGCUGUUAAAAGUGGGCUGGGCCCAUUUGGUCUUCUAGUUUUUGCUUCAGAGGGAUUGCAAGAAUACACAUCAGUUUUCUUCAGAAUAUUCAGAUACCAACACAAAAAUUUGGUGCUGUUGUGCAGUGACCAAAGCAGGUCUUCCUUAAACAAAAACAAUGAUUUGACCACUUAUGGAACUUUUGUGGACGUGGACCCUCUUCACGAGAAGCUAUCAUUGAGAACCUUGAUUGAUCAUUCUGUAGUAGAGAGUUUUGGAGGAGAAGGAAGGGCUUGCAUCACAGCCAGAGUUUAUCCCACAUUGGCAAUCAAUGAUAAAGCAAAAAUUUAUGCUUUCAAUAAUGGCACUUCUGAUGUCAACAUCUCAAGACUAAGUGCUUGGAGCAUGAAGAAAGCACACAUACAUUGAAACUAAGCAGAAUAAAUGGAAGAACGACGAAAGUUCACGAUCACAAUUUUUUUCUUUCUUCUAUUAAUGCCUCGAAAUAUCACUAACGCAACAAUAAUAUGCAUGUAGUUCAUCUUAUAUUUCAUCUUAUAUUUAAGUUGACAAAAUAAAUCAAGAAAAAAUAUAUUAGAGAAGAACGUUGCCGUGACUUUGUUAUACUUGUCACCAACGUAUUUAA